UCCAGAUUCAGGGUCAAUGCCCCGUAGUGGGAACACCCCCAGAACCCAACCGUGGAUCCAAAGCUGUCUCGUGGCGCAUGAUAAUGGCCACUUGAGGCGGCACGGAGGCCAUCGCUGCCUGUUCCAGGAGGAGAAUGUCGUGCGAGCAACGUCGCAGCAAAUGGCGUUGCGGCGUGACUGGGGCCAUGCUCGUCGGUCUGCCCCUGUCGCUGCUGGGGCUAGCCACGUUCCUGGGCCGCCGGGGCACGGUCUCCUCGCCAGGGCUCUGCUCGACGGCAGCCUGUCGCACUGCCGCGCUGGCGCUCAACAUGUCGCUGAGCCGCAGCGUCGGGCCCUGCCAGGACCUGGAGCGCUUCGUUUGUGAUGGCUGGCCGCACAUGGAGAGGGCCGGAUCGCGCGUGCAGCUCAUCAUGAACUACGCUUGGACUGCGUACCGGGUACCGCGGCGGAGCCAGUCGGCUGUCGACAAGGUCGUGGCGCUCUACCAAAGCUGCGUGGCAUCGCUGUCGCCCGGCGGCGGUGAGCGCAGCACGCUACGCGCAUUCAUCGUGCAGCUAGGCCUAGGACCCGCCAACGCGAGCAUGGGCAGCGCCUUCCGAGCACUACUGCGGCUCUCGACGCGUCAUGCACUGCACUUGCUUCUAGCAGUGCAGUACAACGCAAGCGCCGGGAUCACGCUGCGACCUGCUCAUCCACCGCCGACAAACAGCCCGCCAGGCUACGUGCUCCGCGUGGCCGAGCUCGCAUUGCUGGAUGACCCUCAAGCCGUAGCGCACGACCUUCAGCUCAUCGAGCGAGAACUAACCGCGUCGCCCGCCGCCGAGCCCAUGACUCGCACCGUACCCCUGGAGGUGGUGGCCGAGGAGUGCGGCUCGCUCAGCGACUUGCUCACCGAGCUGCCCGGCACCAACUCGCACACGCCGGUGGACGUCGAGGGGCCGACAGCUGUGCGCUGGUACGCAAACUUCCUGCGGCGCCAUCGUGGGGAGCCCGCGCUGCGACGCUACGUGGCUUGGCAUACGGCCCGCGUUUUCGGCUCGCUCACCCAGUACGACAUGUUCCGCGCCACCCUAGAAACCCAGCUGGGACGGCUCGAGCCCAGCCCGAACCUGAUCAAGACCACCUGCCUAGCACAAGCUGCAAACCUCAUGCCGCUCGCCUAUAACGCGUUCGUGGUGCGCCACUUCGCCACGCGUCGUUCUCGCAGGGCCGUAGAGUCGAUAGCCGACGGCUUGCGUGCGGCCGCCAUUACCAGCGUGCGCGCAACGCGGUGGAUGAGCGACAGGCCCAAGGCCAUGGCGACGCUCAAGCUGCGCAAGCUCUCCUGGAUUCUGCCACGACACCGCAGCGAGGCGCAGGUCAACCACAUCUAUGCUGCCGUGAGCGACCUCGGCCUGAAGGACUUUCUAAAGGCGUACAUCAACGUGACCGAGCACAGUGGCCACAGGGAAGCACAUGAGGCCAACCAGGCGUCCGUCGACGUCGUCUACACGGCACAGCGAAACGCCAUCAUCGUAUCCGCCGGCAUGCUUAACGCGCCCUUCUUCGAGGAUACACUGCCAGCCGCCUUCAACUACGCUGGCCUCGGACAACGUAUGGCGCUCGAGCUGCUGCACACUUUCGACGAGCAGGGACGCUGGUACGACGAGCGCGGUCGGCCCAGCAACUGGUGGGACGACGCGACGGCCGACGAGUUCCGAAACAGGCUCGAGUGUCGACACGGCGGCGGCGAGGCACUCAUGGAGAGCAGCGCCCUGCGGCUUGCCUUCCACGCAUUCCGAAGAACACACCAGCACGUGCUGCUCAAAGGUCUCGAGGUCUACACCCCUGACCAGAUAUUUUUUAUCAGCAGCUGUCACAAGUGGUGUGGGCACGAGAACAGCUCCUGCAAUGCAGCCGUGCGUAACCUCGAAGAGUUCUCGGCUGCUUUCAAGUGCAGCCCGGGCGAUCCCAUGAGCCCGCACGAGCGGUGCCCGCUACUCGUGUGAGAAGGAC